AGGCUUCAUUUCCGCUCUCCCUCUCUCGUUUUCUCUCAUCAAAAACAAGAAUGGGAUUCUCCACUUCUCCCUUCCAUUCCAUCCUCUUCGAUUUGGAUGACACCUUGUACUCAUCAACCCUGGGAAUCGACAAGUGCGUGAAGAAGAACAUCGAACUCUUCCUCAUCGAGAAAUGUGGAUUCUCCCACACGCAAGCCUCCACACUCCGCGUUGAACUCUUCAAAAAUUACGGAAGCACCCUCGCCGGUUUGCGUGCACUAGGCUACGACAUAACUGCAGAAGAUUACCACAGUUUCGUGCACGGAAGGCUACCGUACGAGGUGAUCAAGCCUGAUAUCCAGUUACGCAACCUCCUAUGCAGUAUCAACCAAAGGAAACUUAUAUUUACCAACUCGGACCGGGUUCACGCGCUGACGGUGUUAGACCGCCUUGGUAUAAAGGACUGUUUCGAACAGAUCAUAUGCUUCGAGACCAUUAACCCGAACCUGCCCAACGCGACCCGACCCGAUGAGUUCCCGGUUCUCCUCAAACCGUCGCUGGAAGCCUUUAAGGUCGCUCUCCAAGCUGCCAACGUGGAUCCACGUCACACGUUGUUUCUGGAUGACAGCGCUCGCAAUAUUGCGGCGGGAAAAGAAACGGGUCUUCACACAGCUCUGGUUGGGAAGACAGUGAAAUGUAAAGGAGCAGAUUAUGCUGUGGAGAGUGUGCACAGUGUUCCCCAAGUAAUUCCCGAGAUAUGGGUAAGCGAAAUGGACGGUGCUGAUGAAACGUUGACACGUUCUAAGAGCGAUCUAGAGGCUGUGCUAACCACUGCCGCAGUUGGAGCCUGAUCAUUACAUUUAUUUUGGGGUGUUAGGUGUGGGCUUACAAGGCCCAUCUUCUUGUACAUACCCAACUUCCCAACCAAUUCACAAGGAUAAUUAUUGAACAUAAAUAAAAUACCACAAGGACCCCUAUAUUAUUGGCGUCAUUUUAAUCACGUGCAUAAUUUACUGUAAGAUGUAAUAUAAUAAUAAUAAUAUUAUUUCCUAUUUUA